CGGCAGCGCAGGUGGGCCCGGCCCGCGGUCAGGCACGAUGCCCCUGGGGCUGCGGGUCACGAAGAAAGACAAGUCCAAGGAGACCUGCGCGCUGGUGGAGGGCGAGCCGGAGGGCGCGGACGGCAGCCACCUCCCGGCGCCCCCGCGCUCCCCGGCCAGGCUGGUUUUCUACACGCAGCUGGCGCACGGCAGCGCCACGGGCCGAGUGGAGAAUUUCUCCAACAUCCGGGAGCUCUACGCCAAGAUCGCCGGCGUGUUUGAGAUCUCGCCGUCCGAGAUCUUAUAUUGCACUUUAAACACACCUAAAGUUGACAUGGAAAAACUCUUAGGAUCACAAAUAGGUCUUGAAGAUUUCAUAUUUGCCCACGUGAAAGGGAUCAAAAAAAGUGUGAAUGUGUAUAAAUCUGAGGAUUCACUUGGUCUCACCAUUACAGAUAAUGGUACUGGCUGUGCUUUCAUAAAGAGAAUUAAAGAGGGCAGCAUAAUUGACUCAGUUAAAACAAUCUGUGUGGGAGAUCAUAUUGAAUCCAUAAAUGGAGAAAAUAUUGUUGGGUGGCGUCAUUUUGAUGUUGCUAAGAAGUUAAAGGAAUUAAAAAAAGAGGAACUCUUUACCAUGAAUUUAAUAGAACCUAAGAAGGCAUUUGAAAUAGAGCCAAGAUCCAAAGCUGGAAAUACCUCAACAGGAAAAAUUGGUACCGGAAGGGAGACACUUCGCCUGAGGUCAAAAGGCCCUGCCACUGUGGAAGAAGUGCCCUCUGAAAACAAUGCUAAGGCAAUUGAAAAGGUUGAUGAUCUUCUUGAGACGUACAUGGGAAUUCGAGAUAUUGAAUUAGCUACCACAAUAUUUGAAGCUGGAAAGGACAAACGUAAUCCAGAUGAGUUCGCUGUGGCACUUGACAAAACUCUUGGAGACUUUGCGUUCCCAGAUGAAUUUGUCUUUGAUGUUUGGGGAGCCGUUAGUGAUGCCAGACGAGGACGAUUAUGAUGUGGCUGGUCCAUCACUGGAGAAAUGAACCAUUGUUCCUGUGUGUAUGUGUGUGUGUUUUUAAAUAAACCUAUAAGGCCUGUUUUUGGACACUGGUUUGGUUUUAUGUGCAUGGAAUACAUUCUUUUUUUUUUGAAAUAUAAUUUUGAUUUCUGGGUACUUUUUAAUGCAAUUGAAUAUAUAGGAUGCUUAAGAUAAAUUACCUAAAAUUUGACCAGUUUUAAUAUCAUUUAGAAGUUAUUUUUAAAGUAAAUUUUAGGGAGUGUUUCUGGAUAGAUAAUUUUGUUCCCCAUUAAUACCCAUGUUUGGUUUUCUACAUGUAAGUAGUUGAUUGCAAUAGCUUUGUAGUUCUUUUGCAAAAUCUUAAUGCUGUGAAAAUUAGGCUUGGAGUAUGACUUGCUUCAUAGCAUCUUCAUUUUGUUAUGUUAGCUUGAAUAGGAUAUGUUCAGGAAAUAACAUGUGAAUCACACCUGCUGUAGGUCUAGAAGCACUGUUUUAAUUUUCAAUCCACUGAGUAAAGGGAGGAGGAUUUCUAUAGCCUGUUGAUGUCAAUGACCUACUUUCUUUGUAAAACAAGGAUUGAUUGACUUUUAUAUUUUGCUUCUUUGUAAAUUGCUGCUUUGGUUCUUAAAACCUAUUGUUGAAAUCUGCGCUGUGCAUUUGUUUGCAUGCGUGGAAGAAGGGUGAAAAGGGCAGAGAGGGUAGAAAUCAGGUAUACUUGAUUUUUGUAAAACACUUCUUGAAACAUUGUUUCUUUUUCCACCCGUAUCUACUUUUUAUGUUACCCUUUGUAAGCACUCCAGGGAAAGUUUUUAUAGUCUUUGUAGAACUUUUCUUUUGAAAGAGAUGUACUCAGGAAAUAACUAUGUUUGAGAACACUUUUUGGGUGAAAGAGCAAUACAUCUCUCAAACAUUUAAACCCCCUAAACUUUAGAGGAGAUAGUGUCGGAAAUAAAAGAGGAAGGGAGCAUUGGGAAAAUAUGUUAGCCUAUUAUUUUAGAGUUCUAACAGACCCUCUCUAACACCUUACAUUAUUGAGAAAAUUGAGGGUAAAUGAUUGUCCUAUCACUUUUAUUGGACAUUUUACAGAGGCAAGGGAAAUGGAAAUGAAUGGCUUCAACUCGGAUCAGUAAUAAGGAAGAGCCUGGUGUGACGGAGCAUUCUGCUAAAGUGUUAGAUGGAAAAUGCGGUGUGCUGCCAUGGGAAUCAGAAAUCAUAGCCUGUGAGGCCUGUAUUCUAGGAAAUCAGAAGUAGUUCCCUUUUCCCGCUGGGUUAAUGAUUAGAUAACUCUUGUUUUCUGGUGCAACUACUUUUGCUGCCAUCCACUCCACUUUCACAUAAGUUUAAUGCCAUGUAGCUGAUCUUCUGUGUCUCAUUCAUCUAAAACCUGCACAGAAGAUGUUUUAGUCAUUAAUGUGUAAUAAAAGUAAUUAUAGAAUGUGAAUGGUCUUAUUGCUCUUGCCCACCAUUUGAAAAUAGGAUCCAGCUCAGGCUGUAAUUUGUUGCUAUUUGUUUCAUGGUGUUGUUGUUUUUGGGUUUUUUUUGGAAGUCCUCGAAUGACUAUUAAUUCUUAAUAUCCUCUCUUAGAAGGAUACACACAAAAAAAGAACUAAUAUUUUUAGAAAUGGGGAAGUUAUUGGAUGAUUUAGCCCAUAGAAACAUUUUAGUUUGAACAAGGAAAUAAUUUCUUGGCAUAGAAGUUAGAUUUGAAAGGAUGAGUCCUUGUUUGUUAUUGAUGGAUGUUUGUUCUUCCUUUUUGGGCAUGCAUGAAGAUUGACACUGGGUGCUGAUUCCCUGUAAUUUAUGGAAUCUCAAAUUCACAAAGUGAGAGUGCUCACCAUGAACUUUCUAGGAUUUUGGUGUGUAAGCUACUGAUGCCCAUGUCCAGCGGUCACUGUAAUUGUCAGGAUCAAUCGGGCAGUUAUCAUUAUUAAGAGCUUCAGCUGGGCACAGGUGCUUUAAUACUAAUCGAUUUUUCCUUCAAAUGUCUUCAUCUCUCACCUCUACUGCUAAACUGAUAACAGGGACAGUUUCUUUACAUUGUUUUAGUCCCUUACCUGAAAAUAUAUAUAUUUGUGAACUUUGUGCCUUUUGGUAACUCUCAGUGCACAAAAGGAGUACACUUUCUUUUUAGUUGUCACCGUCUGUUGCUACAAUGAAACAAAUCAUAUAUGUUUUUUGUUUUUUUAAAAAAAACAUGACAUUUUCCCAGCUGGUGUGGCUCAGUGACUGAGCAUCAACCUAUGAAUUAGGAAGUCACGGUUUGAUACCUGGUCAGGGCACAUGCACGGGUUGUAGGCUGGAUCCCCCUGAGGGGGCGUGCAGGAGGCAGCCAAUCAAUGAUUCUCUCUCAUCAUUGAUGUUUCUAUCUCCCCCUCUCCCUUCCUCUCUAAAAUCAUAAAAAUACGUUAAACAAACAAACAAACAAACAAACAGCAUGCCAUUUCAUUGGCACCACUAAACAUUUCCAAAAAGCCUCUGUCAUUUUCUCUUGUUCUGUAGUUCCCUCCCAACCCCCCCCCCGCCACCCCCCCCCCCCCCGCCAGUGGAGAAUGGUUCUUUUAUUAUUGAUUUCCUUCCAUGCAAAACAGCCUCUUCCAGUGGCCACUAAGAGCACACUGUAUGUUUUCUUCAUGGCAGAGCAUGUAGAUGAUGAUUGACCAUUAGGCUCAAUGGGGCCUUGAACAUAGCUUGGUCCUCAUCGAAUGUACACACUCUGAUGGUUACAAAUAGGCAUAUUUUGGUUUUUUGAUGAUGUUUUAAAAACAAAAUUACAUGAUUAUAUGUUGUGAAACUUUCAGAAUUUAAUUAUUAAAUCAGCGAUCAGUUCACUGUUUGGGGCUGCUAUAUCCAAUAUUACAAAAUGACUAAAUAGAGAUAAUUAACUAGAGAUAACUUAAUUUUUCCAAAUGAUUUUUAAUUUGCAAUAUUUCCCCUGUAACUUUAACAAAUAGAUAUUUCCCCAGUAAAGCAUACUUUAUUGAGAUCCAUGUUAGACCUUCAUUAGGUCUAGAGAGAGCCUUCCUUAGAUCUGUCAGUUAUCAUUGCUUACCUAGCAUAGUAGCAAGAUGAAGUUCGUUUGCAAGUGACGUUUUCAAAAUGAUGGUUCUUCUAAAUAGAGCACAGUUAUCCACCAAAGUUGUGAAAGAUUGAUCAUAUAAUGACCCUCUUACUCUCUGAUACAUCUAAAAAUAUGUGGGGACCAAUAGCAUUUCUGUUAGUCUGAUGGGAGUAUUAGGUUAGAAGCUAUGAGUGAAUAAAGAGGGAGGAGGUGCUGUUCUACUCAUAGUCCCAAGUAUUAGUGCUCUGUGUAAAAUGUGCAUUUAUUAUCUUCUUGACACACAUUGAAAGAGAUAUCAGAGUAAUUACAUGUCCUUACACGUAUGAUGGUUAUAAAAUGUUUCUGAGAUUGUGAAGGGUACAAAUGGCACAGCCUGUCCCUCCCUGUUUACCUGAAGGCCUAAUUCUAAGAAAUGAGUCAUGGUUAUUAUCAGUAAGGAGCGUGAAAAUUGGAUAUGACGUCUUUAUUUCAAUGGGAGACAUUAAGUCUCUAUAAGACUUAGCACAGCCAUAGAUAUUUUUGAAGCUGUACUAAAGAAAGAAAUUUAAAAAAUUCUGAAAGAUGGGUUUAAGUAAACAUUUAAUAUUUUUAACUCUUUGUGCCAUGCAAGAGUUUUGGUUAUAUAUAGGUAAAAUUAUUCCACAUUUUUUUUGGGGG